AUGAAGUACUCGCAGUUCGUAGCUCCAGGCUACAAUAUUAAAACUGAUGUCACUACCUCUGCUCCUCCAUUACCCUCUAAUGCCUUGAAGUCUACGGAUUUUUGCAACGGCGUCAAGGGUCUUCUCCAGAGCAGACAUAUUGAUUACCUGCAUACUGCUUUGUUUGGCCAAAGAGGUACCAAGAUCUCGCAUCCUACAUUUGCUGCUCUGUCGUCCGCCAAUGCGCCAAUACUUGGUGCUAUCGUAAGGGAUACGCCUCAACCUGCUAAUGAACUCAUGAUGGUGACUCGAGGAUUGUACAAAACAAAUCUCGAAAACAUGUGGGCAAGUAAUAAGGUAUUUAACAAAUCACUGAACAAGCUACUGGAGAUUCUUCUUCGCGUGCAUCUCGCUCCAAAACGAGAGUCGCAUUACUGGGAGCUUCAACAAACCAAAGCAAAGAAGCAACCCAAGCAAGUUGUCAAGUCGAUCAGAAACUCGUUUCACAACGCCAUUCGAUCAGAGAAGUACAAACUUCAAAAAUAUCAAAGAAAGGCACAGGACAAACCAGAAGACAACAACUGGGCGAAGCGGGCCAGAAAUAGUCAAGAGCGUAUAACUCACAUGUACGCUGAUGCCAAGCGCCCUGUCAAGGCUGUUUCUACUUCUGGUACUACAUCUGAUCAAGCUGUUGUAUCUGCUUCUGGCUCAGGUUCUUUUACUACAGCUGUAUCUACUCCUACUGAUCCCUCUAGCACUUCUGAUGCUGUUGCUGCCUCCAAUGCUAGUUUUGAUAUUGAUAGUGCUGAUAUGCCUAUUGACGAACUGCUCCCUCUUUCUGAACUGAUAGACGAGGAAGACGACCAAGAAGAAGAGGAAGGUACCCGUGAUCUGCCUAGAAGACGAAUUAUGAUUCUCAAAACUACUCUGAGAAAUCUCUUGGUGAGGCAAGCUGGAAAGUCUAUUACCCAUACACAGCUCAAGAAGGAACGUCCGAUAUCACGGGAGAAGAGAAUCGCGUGUGCAUGCUUCUGGGAAACUUAUGUUGAGCCUCUGCCAGAGUCAUACAGGAUGCGUGCUGAAGAUAUCGACUUUGGUUCUGGCCAAUCCAUGAGGCGAAAGAUCACUUUGAAAGACAAGAAAACAACAGAAGGAAAGAAGGUUCAAGAGAUUGAGCAGCAAUUGCCCAGAUCCAGUGUGUUCAGAGCCAAAGAGGUAGAGGAUGUCAAGUCAAAUCUUGAUGCACACAGAAACAAUGGCCAAGCAUUGCGAGCGUUCUAUCACUCAAAGAAGCAGAAUACUCUCUCUAACAAGGCCGAGCAUAUUGACGGGCGUUUCCGUUUUCGUUUCGCUUCGGGUGAAAGAUUCUUUUGUGCUGGUGUUCGUCCCCAAACGUCACUUACAAUGUUCAUUGGGGAUCGUGGUCUUUGUGUCGGCUCUCGUUUGAAGGGUCAUUUGAAGUAUGGUGGAAAAUGGAAGCCUCGCUUACAUUCAUCUAUCGCCACUGUGCAUACUACCAACGAAUACAAGACAUCCCAGACGUGCAUGUACUGCUUUGGUCCCACCUCUCAUCCCACACAAACCAUCAGAGCAAAGGAUGGUAAGACCAAGGGGAGGUCUAUUCAUGGUGCAUUCCUGUGCUUAAAUCCUGCCUGCGUGUCCGUUCUCAAUCACAGAGCCAUUCAAGGUAGAGACAAGACAUCUGCUUUGGGCAUCGCUGUCUCUGGGCUUUCUAUUCUCUUGUUCAAGCAGCCAUUGCCUGUAUUCAAUCCAAAACCCAGUCAAUCCAACACUGGCAUUAUUUCCAAGACCACCUCUUUCUGCAACAGAAACGAGAAAAGGGACGGCAGCGGUGCUGCAUUAGCGGACGCUUGA